AUGACAGUCCGCUACGAUUUGUUUUGUGGGGAUACCAAGCAUCCUGACGCUCGAUUCAUAUCUGAAACACUGAUCGACUUGGUAAAGAAGAAAAUCCAGGAAUUGGAAGGAUUCGAUCUAGGAGGAUCAUUUAGCACCGAUGGAGAUAUCUCGAAUCGUCUACUCGAGCAUAUAAAAGCACACGCCAAACUCGAACGAAUUCAAGGGACAGAAAUAUAUCCAGCCAAAGUACAGCCCAGAGAAAGCCGGAUAUUUCAGCAAGCCGACCAGAUCUGCAAGGAACUCGAUUGUCAAUCUGCGAAUCAAAAUCUUGCGUGGUAA